GCCAUCAUCAUGUUUGAGGACGAAGCCACCUUUACCAAGUUCAUCGAUGGCAACACAGUGUACGCACGGGCGCGCCGCCUCUAUCGCGCGACGACAGGACGGACGACCAAGCGCUUUCUUGAGCCAGGAGGGUACAUUGAAUGCUCCUACGAGGAGAUGCGCCGGAUGCCGCCGCCGGUUGCCGCGCCGUUUAUCAAAGCCACCGCCGGCGACCUCCUUGCGCGGCUCGAGAGACACCAAAUCUACUUGCCCAACGACCGCGACCUCGACGAUCUGGAAGCACUGGGUCUUCCCCGCGUGUCGUCGCUCGACCAGCUGCCACGUCAUUAUAACGAUCAGAUUUUGGCCCGCGACGGCUCGCGCAGCCCGAGCGCGCACAAGGUGGCAGUGCGAUUGAGCAAGACGCUGCGGCGACUGAUCUACGAACGCGAGGCCAUGCGUAUUGUUGGCCUCCCAGGCUUGUUUUUGUACCAAGUGGCCCCGUUCCGAGGCCGCUUGGAGACCGCGGCCGCCGAUGCCGACACGACCGACUAUGCUGCCGAAGCGGCCAAGUCGGCCAAAGACCUCUUGCGGCGUAUUCACAAGUGCCAAAGCCACGGCGGGCUGUGCUUUAGCGCCAGCUGCCGGCGCCAGUGCCGGCGCGACCACGAACGUGCGCGCGGCAAUCGCAAGCGCAAGAGCAACAUCAACUACUAUCGUGAUUUCGACGACGACCAAGCGGGUGCCAUGGACGCUUAUUACGAACAGUGUGCGGCCGCCGCCGAUUGCAUGGGAAGCUACAGUUCGUUUACACAAAGCGACUUUUUCGAGUCGGACGACGACGACGACGACUGCGACUACGAUCUAUGCAGCGACGCCGAGCCGUUGCCGACGCCACCCAUAUCGUGCGUGAUUAGUUAA